AUGGACGAUCAGGCGCUCGCGCUUAACUUUCGGAUGCUCGAGCGUGUCCUGCGGUUGAUCGCCGUAUGGCCAACGGACUACACCAGGUAUCUACCCCAAUCCUGGCCAGGACGGCACGUGAUCGCGCGACUACUCGACGUGCUUUACCCAGCGUUUUGGGGCUUCGUGUGCGUACACAUUGCCGCGUUUCAUAUCGUGUCGAUCCUCACCAUUGACUUCAGCUACGACGAGCUGUUCCUGUUCCUCAUCACAACCAGCAUCUACUCGAUCAUGACCCUGCUGAACGUGUAUCUGCGGUUGUACGAACGUGACGUACGCCGGCUGUACGAAUUCACGAUACGUCGGUUCCGUCGGAGAUCAGCCGCUGCCACGCAUUAUGUUGCGAUAAGUUCGUGCUUUCGUUUCGCCAACCGGUGCCUGUUUUGGUGGCUCGUGUUCUGUGUCCUCGGCACGAUGCACUGGGCCAUCUAUCCGAUCCUGUCGCAGGAACGCUCGCUACCCUUUCCUUGUUGGUAUCCAGUUGACGUGCAGCGGUCACCUGCGUAUGAGUUCGCGUACCUGUUUCAGGUGCUCGGGCAGCUGCAAGUUAGCCUCGUUUUUGGACUGUGUGGCGCGUUAUUCAUGGUGUUCGUGUUCAUGGCGUGCCAUCAGUUCGAUAUGUUGUGCUGCAGUCUCACGAAUGUGCGACAAUCGGCCAUGCUUUUACAUGGUGGCUACCAGAGGGACCUCCGACGGGUUCAAGCAGCUGGUGGUGAAGUAGACGCACGUGAUUACGUCCUUCGUGAGGUGUUCCUGGAGGUGUUGGACCAUGCGCAACCCACCGAAACCGUAGCGCGGCUGGAUCGAUUGCCAAAGUCCCAGACCUACCUGAUGGAGCUGGCACCAGAACUGACGUGUGCGCUCGAGGACUGCAUCAGUCAUCAUCUUCUGCUGCUGCAGUUCUGCCAACAGCUCGAACACUGCUACUACCCGUACGUGUUGCUGAAACUCUUCCAAAUUCUGUUGCUGCUGUGCUUUCUCGCUUUCAUGGCAACCGUGGAAAGUUUGUCGACAAUGAAGUUAAUUAACGUGCUCGAGUACUUCAUGCUGACGAUGACGGAGCUCUACCUGUACUGUUUUCUAGGGCAGCUUCUCACGAACCAGGGGCUGAAGGUAGCCGACGCCAUGUGGAAAUCGCCCUGGCAACUGUGUGGCGCUUCUUAUCGCAGGCGCAUGCUGAUCAUUCUGAUGAACGCUCAGCGUCCCGUGCGGCUAACCGGCAUGAAAAUGUACGAGCUGAAUCUAGAGACGUACUACACGGUGCUGAAGGCUGCCUUUUCGUACUACACCAUCAUUAAGAAGUUUCGCUAA